AAAAAACAUCGAGCACCGUGUUUCCAGUGUAUGUGGGCGUGGUGUUGUAUUAUGACGUCAAUUGAAUUGGUAAGGCGACGAGCCCCCUGCUCCGCCUCCCGUGGGCCAAGGGAGGGGGACGGAGCUGGGCUGAGCUGAUCCCACGUGUGACGAUAGCAUUCCCGGCUCAGUAAUAUUCUCUAAGCGGGGACUCGUUUAGCUUUUGCUGUGUCUGUGUGUGUUUGUUAGUUACUCGCUAUAGUUGGGUUAGCUAUGGAGGGAGACGGGAGCCAAGCCACAUCUGGAAGCCCAAAUGAUUCACAACACGACCCGGGUAAAAUGUUUAUCGGUGGCCUCAGUUGGCAAACCUCACCAGACAGCCUUAGAGACUAUUUUAGCAAAUUCGGGGAAAUCAGAGAAUGUAUGGUGAUGAGGGAUCCCACGACGAAACGCUCCAGAGGGUUCGGAUUCGUUACGUUUGCGGAUGCUGCCAGCGUAGAUAAAGUCCUAGCCCAGCCGCACCACGAAUUGGACUCGAAGACGAUCGACCCUAAAGUUGCCUUCCCCCGACGUGCUCAGCCCAAGAUGGUCACGAGAACAAAGAAGAUAUUUGUGGGCGGGCUGUCGGCGAACACGGCGGUGGAGGACGUGAAGCAGUACUUUGAGCAGUUUGGGAAGGUAGAAGAUGCCAUGCUCAUGUUCGACAAAACGACCAACAGACAUAGAGGGUUCGGCUUCGUAACCUUCGAGAACGAGGACGUGGUGGAGAAAGUCUGUGAAAUUCAUUUUCAUGAAAUCAAUAAUAAAAUGGUAGAAUGUAAGAAGGCCCAGCCGAAGGAGGUGAUGUUCCCCCCUGGGACCCGAGGCCGGGCGCGGGGCCUGCCCUACACCAUGGACGCCUUCAUGCUGGGGAUGGGCAUGCUCAGUUACCCAAACAUCGUGGCAACGUACGGUCGUGGAUACACUGGAUUUGCCCCAAGCUACAGCUACCAGUUUCCUGGUUUCCCGGCAACAGCGUACGGUCCUGUGGCAGCGGCGGCGGUAGCAGCGGCCAGGGGUUCAGGGUUCCCCGAAUACGGUUUCUAUACCGCACCCAGUGACCACCGGGGGGCGCCCUGCUCCUUUGCGGACUAUGGGUCCCCGCUGUGUCCCCAGGCCCCCGAGAUGCUGCAGCACGGUGAGCAUGCCACGCCCACCUGCGCCCCCCCACUGCAGCCCCCGCGCAGUCCGGAGCAGUAUAAGAGCCCAGGCACCAACCCGCCCCGCCCCGGCGGUUUCCCCGGCGCCAGCAGCCCGGGUCCCGUGGCGGACCUCUACGGAACCGCCAGUCAGGACUCAGCCGUGGGGAAUUACAUCAGCGCGGCCAGCCCCCAGCCAGGGUCCGGGUUCGGACACAGCAUCGCCGGGCCGUUGAUUGCCACAGCUUUUACAAAUGGAUACCAUUGAAACCUAGCAGGGGGUCGGUUGCCAUCUCAUGUGAGAGUAUAUCAGGAGGCCCGGGGAAGACUGGCCGAAGUUUCUGAUUGGUUCUCUGUACAGGUGAUGUCAUCAAACAGUUCAAGCACUUGCAGCGCCACUGGCGGAAGGGAGGUGGCGCUAGAUUUUAUAACGAAGGGAAAAAAAUUCUUGAAAUCAUCUCAAAAAAAAGGAAACCAAGGACUAGGACAACACGAAGCAAACUGAAGAGAAAUCUGCUGUACUAUAAUCUGAACCUGGCUUUUAAACCCCUCUCAAUCCUUCCAGAGCCCCAGAGGUUUGUGUCGGAUUUAGUCCCUUUGAUUUAGUUUUCCUCGGCUUUAUCACGUGUUUUCUUUGUUCAUGUUUAGAUCUUUGAUUAGCAAUACGGGAAACUUUUCCGAUGUUGAGCAUUAUUUAUUGUGUUUAUCUUUUUCUCUGAUAGAAGUGAGUACAUUAAAAGUUUUUUUUUGUUUGUUUGUUUUUUUUUUUCUUUCAUUUGGAGUUUUUUUAUGGUUAUUGAUUUACCUGUGGUACUGGUCCUUAAACAAGUCGAUCUUCAGGUGUCUUGUUGCGCACACGGAAAAACUGAUACAAACUGACAGGGCUUGAAAAAGAAAAGGGUAUAUUUUAGAAAAAAAGAGGGUAAACAGUCUUUUUGCGAAUCAAUUCUUGUUUCUUGUUAUAUCUUUUAACAUAAUUACCUGUUUUGGGCAGGACUACUGUAUUUUCUGUCCUUUUAUUGUGGAGGGGAAACCUUUUUUGUUAUUCUUCUUUUGAACUUGUGUCUUCAAAUCUAUGAAUAUUCCAGUUACUGCAUAUAUAACCAAUUCAGAAAGCGGUACCAUAUAUAUAUAUAUAUUUUUUUUUUUUUUUGUGGUGCGUCAAAAAAAAUAGACUGAGCUGUGCUGGAAAGGAAAGACCGAGAAAAGAUCGACUGUCGUUGCACUGAACAGCAAACGAGACCCAUUUGUAGCACAACAGGCAUGCCGUUGCCCCCACGGAGGGCGAGAACCUGCAAGAACACUGUUAGCUCUGUACAUAGCGUAGGCUUAGCAUCAGUAACGGCAACACGCCAGCGUAUUCUACCCGAUAGACUGCGAAUCCGGACGCGCGCGGCUUCAGAUAAGAGCAAACGGCUUCAGUUUGCGCUGAGUUGAGGGGGAUGAAGUUUGCUCCACGCUGUGGAGGAGGCCUCACUCCCUGCCGUUACACAAAUCAAUAAUGUAAAAAGGAAAACAACAACAACAACAACAAAAAAAAAACGUCCAAAGCACACUCGCAUUUUAUCGUUUUUGAAAUACAACGCUGAAUCCUGUCGAGUCAUUUCACACAGUUCUGUGCAUCCUAAUAUGACUUUUAUACUCCAGCAAGAAAAACAAAUGGAACUUUUGUUUGUUCAUUUCAAGGUUUGUUGUUUUUUUUUUUUUGUUGCAAAAUUCCCAGUUUCAGAGCGUAAAAGGCAAUAUGUGAAAAGGCAAGUUUUAUUUUUCUUGGUAGGUUUGGAGUUCUUUUUUUUUAAAUAUUAAUUUGGAAAGCAAACAUUUUUAUACUGUUACCUCAGUCCUGUGAGUUGUUACUUUAGAAGCAUUGACAGAUUAAUUUAUUUUAGUCAUAGAGUAAAAUUAUGGAUAUUAUAAUCGAAUAACGGAAAUCAUUGCACUGUGACUAGUCAGAAAGACCUGACCAUUGUCCAUUUGCACACAUGGUUAUAUUGAAUGGUCUAUUAUGGGCUGUAUGAAGGAUUGUAUUUAAUCUUGCUUCUGUUUCCGUACAAGCAAAUAACUAGCAGCAGAGUUAGCUCAUCCGAGUGUAGCAAACUAAAUCAUUAUCUCAUGUAGACAACUGGGGCCUUUCAGUGUAUGAGCGGCAACUUCUAGCAUUUCAAAAAUAAUAUAUAAUAUAUACCAUAAUGUUGGUAUUUUAGAUGCAGCCAAUAGAAUUGAAUACACUGAAUACAAUGUACAUUACAUUGACCAUAGCUGCUGUGCUUUUUACCUGUAUGUGUUGGGACUGGAGAAGCUCCUAAACAAAUACCAUUUCAGAUGCUUUAAAAAAAAAACUGCAGGAUCGUUUUUAGAGAUGACGGAUUGUUCGAUGCAUAUGCUGUGGUUUUGUUUUUGUUUUAGGUUUUUGUUUCGUUCUUACCUGCUGCGGAUUUAUAUUCCGUUCUGUUUGUGUUUUAUUCUGUUCAGAACAACCAGGUGAAGCAAAAUGCUGGACGCUUUUUAAAUCGUCUUCAUCAAGUAAUAAUCUCAACGAAUGACACAAAAGGAAAACUAUAUUCACUGUUCAAAUUCCAAAAGGAAAAAAAAAAACUAGUUAAAAAAAGUACAAAAUACAUAUUCCCUUGAUGUAUUUCAAUUUUCAACCAGGGGAUUUUUAUUGACCUUUUUUUGUGGUUGUUAAUAAUAUUGAUAAUUAUAACAAUAAUAUAAUGUACUGUACCAUCAAUCUCUCUCCAUUCCCUUCCUCAUAUAAUAACAUUUUGUUGAUCAUCGGUGUAUUUCGGUAGUGUGUAUAAAUCGCAAAUGACCUUGUAAUUGAGUGCCGUCUUAUGCUGGUGUAGUGAUCUAUACUCUUUGUUGCUCUCUUUCCCCCCUUGUCUCUCCCCCUCUCUCUCCCUCUCUAUCUAUCUAUCGAUCUAUCUAUCUCCUAGUAAUUAGUAGUAGAUGUUUUGUAAUAAACACUAAGAAUAGAUGUAGUUAAUAGCAUAUUUAGGACCAUUAAGGAUAGAACUUUCUCUUAUUAUUAAGCAAAAAAAUUGACUGAUUUUUUUUUAAUAGCAGUUUGAUAAUUUUUCCUUUCUUUUAUUUUAUUUGUUUCGCUGCUCUCACAUGGUUUCAACUAACCAAAGCUCUCACAGAAGAAAUAUAGAAAAGCAAAUUGCUGUAAGACAGAAUAUUUAACGAGGCAUUAAUCGGAUUCCCCCCCUUGAAUGUUUAAGAAGGGGGUGUGCCAUACUACCUUAAAAGCUAAUGCUAGAUAUGCAAAACUUUUAUUUUUAAUUAUUUUUUUAAAGAGGGACACAAGCUAUAAUUAUGAAAAAGAUGAUUUUAUUACAUGAAAGAAAAAUAUUUUUUUAACAAGUUAUAACAGAUUAAUAAUAACAUUAAUCGUAAUAAUAGUAAUAAUACUCGUAAUAGAUAUUAAUAAUAACUGUAUAAUAUGUUUUGAUGUUUGUACUCUUAAAAUAUCUCAGUGGUUCAUGGCUCUACUAUUUUGGAUACCAAUGUUUUUUUGUUUUUUUUUCGUUUGUUUUAUUAAUGUGUCUGCCUAGAUUCACUAAUAAUUACAUUUUCUCUCAUCAAAAACAUUUGAGGAUUUUGUGAAUACAUUUUUUUUUACACUCUUGAACUAAGUGAACCAGCUCUUUAUCUUAAUCAAUACCCGGGUUGUACCCGACAAGUUAGCCGAUUGUUUUGGUGUUUGUUUUCGUCUUUGGUCUCCCGCGCUGGAUCAGUUGCGCUUCGUUCGACGUACGUACCCCGGGGUAGUGGAAACCCGCCUUUGAUCCUUCCGGAGCUCCGCAGUCGGUGAAGUCUUAUUUUGAUUAUCGUCGCCUUUGGUUAUCGUGAUUCCUGAUUAGCAGCCUAGACGCCGGCCUUGGUCGGGGGCUCGGUGAUGAGUCUGCUGCCGCGAGAUCCUAAUUUGGGAUUUGAGAUCGGGAUUUGGAAAGUGUGGGUUUUAGAGUAAGUCGUAUUUGGAGUUUUGCGGAGAGUCAGGGUGUAGACCACAGCCCGCGCGCGGUAACCUGUGGAGGAGGAGGAGGAGGAGGAGGCUGGAAAGCUGGGCUCGCCUGCUGAGUUGAAUGCUGAGGUAGGAUGUGACGGCCUCGCAGGUGACAUACGCUUUCUCUGUGGCGGACCUGCGUACCCUUCCCAAAACGCCACGUCCGUCUCUCUGUUCUUCCGUAGUGGCCUGCGUUAGGAAGGUGGGGUUGCGUCUAAUUACAUUUCAGUCCAGCAAUUGAAAAAUGCAGGAAAAUGUAUUUUUUCAAUUCAUGAAAUGUAUUUCAGCUGAAAUACUUUUUAGUACAAUACAGUUCAGCUGUUUUUGAGGUACUUUGUAAGAGCGUAAUCAUGAGUGAGGGAGAGGUUCGAUAGAGUUUAGCUGCAGAACUUCUUUUGAUUGAUAAAAUAAAAAAGGAGCCCAUAAAAAGGGAUCUCAGACUCCAGUCCUGGAGUUUUUAGGUGGUUUUUAGCUGUCUCAGCUCUUAAGUGCUUAAUUUCAGUCAUUAUUUGGCUUGAUCUAAGUUACUACCAAUUUAAAAAAAAUAAUAAUAACCUGCAGACGCUGCGGCCCUCCAGGACUGAAGCUGGAGAUCCCCUCAUUAUGGAGUUCAUGAAUACUCGCUCAUAACUGUUCAUUACAGUGGAUUGGUGAUUACUCUCUAUGGUUGAUGAGGAUAAGGAGGAAGUUUAUUCUCUGUGCGUGUACACUGUUUCUGAUGCUUUUCUUAUUGUCAGACAGUGUAUUUCUCUAAAAGGAUUUGUUAGUUGUUGGCCUGUGAGUAGACGAGUUGUAUGCUAGCAGUUUGUAAGAGUCAAAGGUUGGUGCCCUUGGUAAAUCUUCCAUACCAAGUUUGGUUCUGAUUAAUCUAAAGGCUGGUGAUCUCUUCAAGCAGUCCAAACUUUAUAGAUUUGUUUUAUUUUAUUUUUUAUUAAUUUGAUCCUGUAGCUUGGACUUUAAGGUAGCAUGGCUCUGUUGCUGUAAUUAUUAUUAUUAUUAUUAUUAUUAUUAUUAUUAUUUUUCCAUUGUACAGCGGUUUACAGCUGAUGAAUGUCACACAUCUUGCUAGACUAGUUAAUUCAUUUGGAAUUGUUGGUUUAAAUAAAGUUUUUUAAAAAAGAAAAAAAAAAAACGACCUGGAAGGUGUGGGGCGAAAUUGGGAGUGUCCUACCGUAACCGUAUCCAUUUAAACUUGAAUUUGGAGGCAAGUGAUGGGUAAUGGUCAAGCAAUCCUCAUAUAUAUACAUUCAUACAUACACACACACACACCCAUACAAACACAAACACACAUACACACAUACAUGCAUGCAUACAGUACC